ACAAUGAAGUUUCCAUUAAUUUGUCUUCUCAUUUUGCUGGGAACGAUUUACAAAUCCCAAGCUCGAACUCCUAAACUAUGUAAUAUAAAAUAUUUCUGUUCUUUGGAAGAAAAACCAGUUUGGACAACAACUACUGGGGUAUUCUGUGAGGUAUUUCUGAAUGAGUGUUUGAUGCUAAGUGAAAAUUGUAAUCGUGUGAAUCAAAAUAGACCAGGUGACACAUUCAAUCAGGGUUACAGCGAAGGCAUACCAAAAUACAUGAUUUUUAUGAUUGAUUUUUCAGAAGCAAAGAUAAUUACUAAGAGUAAGUGUCAGAGUUUGUGUAGAUCCUUGGUGUGUCCAGCAGUCUAUGAUCCGAUUUGUGGCAUUUACAAUGGUGUAAGACGUACUUUUGCAAAUGGCUGCGAAAUGAGUAGAUAUAUUUGUUCAACGGGGCAAACUUUCCGCUGGCAUGCCCCAGGAAGAUGUUCUAGGAAGCCUGUUGAUUAAAAACGGAGGAGGAAGAUUAUGAACAAAAAAAUU